AACCCCUGCCACUUCCACCAAAUUCAUCCACCCACAAGUUCCGCAUCUGAAGAUUUAUGCGCCAACACCCUCGACUUCACCCUCACACACGUCAAGUUAUUCCGGUCCAGGUAUCUUACUGAUCUGGAUAAACAACAGUCAUGGCUCCUUCUCUCCAUGACCUAAUCAGCGCCCUACCACCAUCGACAGAUGGAUGGGGACCGCCAGUGUCCAACGAGUCCACCCUCGAUGGCGUUCCAUAUGCGCCAUAUUCAAAAUCCGAUAGGCUGGGGCGGAUGGCCGAUUGGACUGAUGGCAAAGACCGAGAUCGAAACCGAGGCGGAUACGGUGGCCGAAAUUUCAGAGCAGCAGGUUUAUGGCGCGAAUCAAUCGAACAAUCCGUUCGCCAUCCAGGUAGCGGAGGAGGAAGCUACCUUCUCGGUCGUCGAUAACACGCGCACUCCCAAAACUCGGACUUUCGGACGUGGUGGUGGUACGAUCUUCCGAGGCCGAGGCCAACGAGGGCAGGGACAGCGAGGUGGGCGGGGGACUUUCCAGCGAGUCGACAACGGGCGAAACCAGCGAGGCGGGUAUGACAACCGUGGUGGUCGUGGCGGUCGCGGUGGACGAAGGUUCGGCUGGCGCGAUGAUAAGCCGCAACGGAACCGUGAUCCCUCGGUCGCGGUCCGGCCUGACUGGACGUUGCUUGAGGAAAUUGAGUUCGCUCGAUUGACGAAGUUGAACUUGGACGCGGGCGAUGCCGAAGACCUGGAGAGCUACGGUUUCUUAUAUUACUACGACCGCGUUUUCGACAAGCAACCGGGCGCGAAGACCUCGGAGAAGAAGCUUCAGCUGCUCGAGAGAGCGGCGUACAAUGUCACGACAAGCAGCGACCCGAUCAUCCAGGAGCUCUCAGAGAAGGAUGAGGCGACGAUCUUUGCCACCGACAACAUCCUUUCCAUGCUCAUGUGCGCUCCGAGGUCAGUGUACUCAUGGGAUGUGGUUCUAUCCAAGCACGGCAACAAGGUCUUUAUCGACAAGCGAGAAGGAUCGAAUCUGGAUAUGGUCACGGUCAACGAAAAUGCCACCGAUGCUCCAUUGGAGAUCUCAGAAGGCAGCAAGGACUCGAUCAACAACCCCGGUGCCCUCAUGAUGGAAGCCACCCACAUCAAUCAACUUUUCCCACUCCAAGUCGUCAAUGAGGUGGAGAGCCAAAAGAAGGAAAUGCAGAACGAGCAUCCGUUUUACAACCCGUCCGUCGAGACCGACCCGCCCGCAUCAAAAGCCUACCGAUACAGACGGUUUGAUCUGUCUUUGGAGCGCGAUGAGGAGCCGCUUCACUUGAUCGUCCGAACUGAACUGGAUGCUGUGAUGAAGAAUAGUGUCGGUGCAGACCAACACCUGGUCAUGAAGGCCCUCAACGAGUUCGAUAGCAAGGCUCAAGGUAGCGGUGGUGCCCUGGAUUGGCGAACCAAGCUCCAGAGCCAGCGUGGUGCCGUCGUGGCGACGGAGAUGAAGAACAACAGCUGCAAAUUGGCUAGAUGGACCACUCAAAGUAUCCUUGCCAACGCCGACCAGAUGAAGCUAGGAUUCGUCUCCCGCGCCAACCCGAAGAACACCAACGACCAUAUCCUCCUCGGUGUUCUUGGCUAUAAGCCAAAAGACUUCGCCACCCAGAUGAACCUGAACCUGAACAAUGGAUGGGGCAUCGUUCGCACCAUUUGCGACAUGGUCCUGAAGGGCGAGGAUGGGAAGUACGUACUAAUCAAGGAUCCCAACAAGCAGCUCUUGAGGUUGUAUCAAGUGCCUGAGAAUACGUUCGAGGAGGAUCAGGACGAGGUGGAGGCCAUUCCGGAGGAGAAGGAUGAGUAGGUUCCAGGUAACCAUGGCAGUUGGGAAUAGUGGUUGUUAGUUGUGCAAUUAGAUCCUAUGAUAUGCCUGGGUUAGGACCAGAAAAGCGCCUCUUAUCUGAUUGAACGCAGACAUCAAAGGCGAAAGACAUGACUGUUACUACAUGCAACAUGAAUUAUAUGACCGACAUGUGACAACACCAGGUG